AUGACAUCUCCAUCUGAAGCUCUCUUUGAUGCAGUGAAGUCACCACUCAGCCCACGAUCUCCCAGCCAGACAUAUACCCUCAGUCGCUCACCCAGGGCAUCGCAUGACUCUGACGAUGAUUCCCUUCGAGACCUUGAACUUUCUGAAGGGCCGCUGCUCGCAGAUGGACCGCACGCGACCCGGACGCGCGCAUAUUCAAUCUCAGGCUUUGACUUCCAACACGACCUAUUGCCACUCACCGCGAGCUUGAGCGAGCCAGAGUCAUUACAUGAGGACUCCCAUACAAAGAACAUAAGCCUUGUUAAUGGCAUUGCACUUAUUGUCGGGUUGCAGAUUGGCUCCGGAAUAUUCUCGUCCCCUGGCGUUGUAGUUGCGAACACACAGAGCGUAGGCGCCAGUCUCACAGUCUGGCUUGCAGCAGGACUACUGGCAUGGACGGGCGCGAGCAGUUUUGCAGAAUUGGGAUCCUCAAUACCAGUGAAUGGGGGUGCGCAAGCGUACCUCCACUACUCCUACGGCCCGCUCGUCUCCUACCUGUUCGCCUGGACUGCGAUAUCUGCGCUGAAGCCAGGAGGAAAUGCCGUAAUCAGUCUAAUUUUCGCGGAGUACCUCAAUCGGCUUUUCUGGCACGCUACCAAGGCUGAGGUAUCCCCGGAUGACAUUCCACAGUGGGCCAUCAAACUCACUGCGAUUGCGGCAGUCAUCGUGGUGUCCACCAUCUGUGUAGCCACUCCAACGUUGGGCACGCGGACUGCCGUAGUGUUUACCUCGGUCAAAGUCGUUGCCUUGGUCUCGAUUACCAUCCUUGGAAUCGUCCAGUUGGCGAGAGGCCGGGCAUCGACGUCACUCACCGAGUCCCUCUUCACCGGCUCGAGUACAAGCCCUUCCUCUUAUGCCCUUGCCCUCUACUCCGGUCUAUGGGCAUUUGAUGGUUGGGACCAAGCAAACUAUGUGGGUGGGGAGAUGAAAAAUGCUCAGAAGAACAUUCCUCGCGCAAUUCACAUUAGCAUGCUCCUCGCUACAAUACUCUUCCUGCUUGCCAACUUGGCAUACUUCGUAGUAUUGGACAAGUCAACUGUCGGGCGUAGCAACACUGUCGCGCUUGAUUUUGGGCGUGCGCUCUUUGGGCCCGCAGGAGGAAUCGUCUUCGCGCUGAUGGUCGCCAUAUCAUGUUUCGGCGCGUUGAAUGGUUCAUCAUUCACUACUGCUCGCCUGAUAUAUGUGGCUGGCCGGGAAGGCUAUCUUCCCAAGAUGUUUGGGCGGAUGAAUCAGCGAUUGAAGACGCCUCUAAAUGCAAUGUGCUUGCAGACUGCACUGACAAUCAUGUUUAUUGUGAUCGGUGGCGGGUUUCGAUCCCUCAUCAAUUUUGCUGUCGUCGCGUCUUGGGCGUUCUACUUCCUGACGGUCCUCGGGCUAGUUAUAUUGAGGGUAAAGGAACCUAUGCUUGAGCGACCGUAUAAAACAUGGAUCACAACGCCACUGGUGUUCUGCGCCGUUUGCCUUUUCCUGCUAUGCAUGCCUAUCAUAGCGGCGCCGCUCGAAGCCAUGGCUGUGCUAGGUUUCGUGCUCGCCGGCAUCCCUGUCUACUACAUCACCCAGAGAGGGAGCGCCACAUCAUCCGGUGUCGUCGCUAUCUUUGAAAAAUGCUUCGCAUGUAUACGUGGCAGGCCCACGCCAGGAGCCGGCUGGCAAGCUGUGGCCACCGAGGGCGACGAUCAGGUAGAGAUGACAGAGCCUCUGCGGACAUCACGUUCAUGA